UGCUGCUGCCAACCCAUCAAGCAUCUCGCUGGCUGCAUCGGCCACACACAACCCUUCUCUCUCCCUCCCUCCCCUCUCUCCUCUCCUCUCCUCCUGUGUGGACCCUGCCGUCGCUCACCUCGCUGCCUCCAACACGCGACCGACCGACCCAGCAACAAUCCCAUCCCAUCCCGCGGUCGGCACGCACACCACCCCACCCCCACCCGCCUCGACCAACCUUGCCUUGCAGCAGUCACUUGCCUAAUCGUCCCUCGUCCACAUCCACCUCGUCUCGUCGAGGAUUCACUUUUUCCAAACGCAUCGACAACUUUGCAUCCAAUCAUCUAAUACACACGAACCCCCUCUUGACGUCGAUAUCACGUUCCCGAGCGCAACGCACAGGCCCAAAUCAACACGACUUGUCGGCUUCAACGACCUCCAACGACCACAGACAAGGCAAAGCACACGGCGGCCCUUCCGCGCUGGUCCCGUUUCUUGUUCAACAACUCACACCGCGCGCGUCGUCGUCGUCGUCGUCGUCGUCGUCCUUCAACCUCGCCUUGUCAUAACAAACAAUACGAGGCAGCAGACACGACACUACUGCUCCAUUCCCCUCCCCCCCUCACCACUUCUCCACCAACCUCGCCACACCGCGCUGUCGGCGGAAUCGGCCUCCUACCUUUAACCUUGCACGGCGGUCGGAGCCCCCCUGUCCCCCUUCGCAAUUGCGAACGCUCCGACACACGCCUCGUCCCCAUCACUCUUCCAAUCUUUGUUUGUCGGCACAUCACUCUAGUCGGCAAGUUCUUGGGCCCCAUUGUUUUCGCCGCCGGUUGUGUAGACCGCGGCUCGCACGACCAUGACUUCGCAGGCAACACCUGCAACGGCGACCCAGAUUCCACCUGCCCUUCACACGCCAGGUGGCCCAGGCCCCUCCAUCUCUGUUAGCGCGCCCCGAUCACCUCAUGCCUAUAUGACGCCAGUCACAUCGCCCACACAAAAUCCCAGCCCCGGAAGCCCUCGACACCAGUCGGGCACCGUCGACGUCGAUUCUAUGCUCCGCAAUCACGGAGGCGACCUGAAGAAGACGCUGGAUGCCGUGGCACACGAGCGCAACAACUUGCAAGCUCAAAACACCCAGCUGUGGAAGCUGAUCGAGAAGCAGCGCGCGCAGUGUGCCCACUUGGCUGCAGACAACGACCGUUUGCGAACGGAUCGAGAGCGGGCCAACGCUCGACUGGUGGCAGCCGGACUGGAACCAGUGACGCCGGCCAACCGCCGAGGAGUGCCGUCGAGUGCCAGCGCAGCAGCGCUCAACCGCGUCGAGGUGUCUGAGCGACGACAAUAUUCCGAUCACGACGAGAAGUCUUCAACAGCUUCACACACCAACAUUAUCAUUCGGCCUCCACCAGCAGAGGCGUCGUCACUCGCUCCGUCGGCACUGCCCCCUCCCUCUGACAACAGCCCUGGUGGACUGCUGCCGUCUCCCAUGCCCGAGAGAAGAUUGAGACACGAAAGCCGAAUGCAAUUCCCCCCAGAGGUCGCAUCCAUGCUCGCUCUUGCUGAUACAAAAGAGUCGCCACCCAUCAGCGCGACGCUUAGCCCUGGACCAUCUCUUGGCACCGACCUAACAAAUUCUCCCCUGUCAUCAUCCAGCGAGCGAGCAUCUCCAGUGGUCGACCAACAGCAACAAGCCGUCUCAGAGCCCCACCAUCAACUCUCCGAGGAGCUCAUGGGCUCGUCACCACGUCCGUCGCAAGACACUGUCAUCUCACGGCCGUCCAUCGCCAUGCACCCCGAGUCGCGGCCUUCAAUCGAUUCGGCCGCUAAUGCCGCCGUGUCUACGUCGGCUUAUCAACAAGCACCGGCCUCCGCGGCCGCCGCUGCGGACCACACGUUGUUCAACGCCGCUCUGCUCCCUCACACCCAUCUCUCGAUUCCCCACUCUACCGUGUUCGCGAACCAGAACGGGCGCGACAUCCUGUGCUUUAUCAUCGCAGUCAACGUCCGCCCGCCAAACUCUGCACCGCCCUUGUCGUGGACAGUCGGCAAAACCUUUAGUGCCUUCAUGGACCUCGACCAACGACUGCAGGAGCGCGCGGGUAAAACCCGCAAGGAAUGGAAGAAGAUGGUCUCUCCAUUACCAGAAGGCAAGGCCUGGAAGGACUUUGCCCCAAGCAAGAUUGACCAGCGCAAACACGCCCUCGAGAUGUAUCUCGAGUCUCUGCUCGUCGCGCCCAUCAGCGACAAGACCGACCUCUGCAACUUCCUCACCACCGACACUGUCCAGGCCAAGGCAACCAAGAGCCGCAAGGAGGGAUUCCUCACCAAGAAGGGCAAGACUCCAUUUGGUUGGAAGACGCGCUACUUUGUUCUCGACGGCUCUCUGAUGAAGUACUACGAGACACGCGGCGGCCCAUUGCUUGGCUCCAUCGUCAUCACCGGAGCUCAGAUUGGAAGACAGUACCGGUCACCAGACAGCAGCGACGAUCGCAACUUCCGCCACGCCUUCUUGAUCAUCGAGCAAGCCCGCAAGGAUUCGUCCCAGUCAAGACAUGUUCUUUGCGCCAGCAGCGAUGCCGAGCGCGACAGCUGGAUCGACAUGCUCGUUCAGCAGGUUGACCCCGAGCCGGUGCAGUCGGCCAGCCAGGCAGCAAGGCGACGGAGUGCAAUGCCUCGCAAGCCCAGCAAGGACGUUGUCGUCACGUCUGCGCAGCCCAUGUCCUUGUAUCCCGACGCCAACGCAAAGUUCAUUUCUGGCGCGCCAUUACCCAGCGUCAUCAAUCACAUGGAGUCACAACGGCAGCUUCAUGGUUCCGGCCAGCAGAUUUCGACAUCUCCGCCUGCGCAGUCUGGCACGAGCCCACAACCCAGUCACCCUCUUGGGCUUGUGGCCAACGCUACCGCGUCAUCGUCAGACUUGGUUGGCCCAUUGCCGUCGGUCGCGGAACCCACGCCCAAGCCAGUUAAGAGAUCCAGCGCGCUGCCUGGUCGACAGUCGUUUAGCCCCGCGUAUCUCACCAAGCUGUCCAACGACGGUGUCGGGUCCGUUCCCGGUUACAAUGUUGAACGCGACCGAGACCGCAAAGCGAAGAGCGGCAGGUUCUGGGGCUUUGGCAAGCCAGCGGAGAAGUCGGCGUCCAAGCCUGUUUUCGGCGUGCCUCUCACCGACUCGAUCGCCAUUGCUUCCGUCGCCGGCCUUCCUGCUAUCGUGUUCCGGUGUAUCGAGUACCUGGAAGCAAAGCACGCCGACCAGGAAGAAGGCAUCUACCGCCUGAGUGGUUCGUCCGCCGUCAUCAAGGGCCUCAAGGACAGAUUCAACCAGGAAGGAGACGUCAAUCUCCUUGCGAUUGACGAGCGCUGGGACCCUCAUGCUAUUGCAGGCUUGCUCAAGACGUACCUACGCGAGUUGCCCACCAGCUUGCUUACACGAGAGCUUCACAUGCGGUUCCUGGCCGUCAUCGACCUUAUCGACCCUGCCGCCCGUGUCACCGAGCUGUUCCGGCUGGUCGCCGAGCUGCCGCCAGCAAACUACGCCCUCCUUCGCGCAUUCACGGCGCACCUCAUUUUGAUUGUGCGCAACUCGGCCGUGAACAAGAUGACACUGCGAAACAUCGGCAUCGUGUUCUCGCCCACUCUUGGCAUUCCCGCGGGUAUCUUCUACGAGCUUGUCAGCCGCUUCGGCGCCAUCUUUGAUGACGAUGCCGGUGCCGACGACCUGGCAUUAGAUGACCCCGCCAUUACAGGGACGGUCGCAACUUCGGUCGAGGGCGGAGUGGCUGCCUCGCCAGCCAGCAGCGACGCCCACGCCGAUCUGGCGCCUCCUGUGACUGGCAAGGGCAAGCGCAACUCGAUGCUGUACCACGCAAGUGGCGCUGAGGCCAUGCUUGGCCUGGCCGGUCGAACACUCGAUCCGGCAGCAGAGGACGACACAUCCGAGUUGUCGAUCGACGACUUGGAAUCAGAGCCUGUGUCUGUUCAAUCUUCCGACAAUCUAUCUACGCUAGCAACCCAGCCCAGCCAGGCCGACGGCGCUGCCGCCGCUGCGCCGGCAGGCACUCGCCGCCAGGCAGCCUAUGGAACACCAAGCCCUAAUGACGGGGUCGAGGCGCUGCAACCCUCCCCCCAGCUUGCCACUCCUCAACAGAUGGGACGGAAUGGAAGCAUUGGCAAUGGUACCAUGUAAGAUAAUUAUAGCUAGCCAUCCUGUACAUGCGCAGGGACGCUGGGGCAUGUCAUGUUUAUCACUGC